ACAUCAUAAACUCAUCCAACCAUUCCAAACUAAAGUGAAAGUACACUGCUCUGCACGCAAGAAAGCCGCGGUCUUAUGACUUGGAGCAGGAAUAGAAAGCCGAGGUUUCGUUCAAAUUCCUCAACAGAAGGACGACACACAUCGCCGGAAACCUGUAGAGGGAGAAAGUAUUAACCAGAGAAUUCCGAUUUCCGAUGACCAGAUUUAUGCUAAUUCUAGUGUAUAUAUGUUUAGCGGCGGCGGGGACGACUACAAUUUCAGCCGCUGAUGAAAACUUUGAUGUUCGGCAUCAUCUUUCAACGGUAUCGAGAUACGGUGUUGUGAAAGAUAUUACAAGCAAUUCAUUUGUGCCAUCAAAAAUUCCUGAGCAUUGUACUCCAAUCCAUUUAAAUCUUGUGGCAAGGCAUGGCACACGUGCUCCAACUAAGAAAAAGAUGAGAGAAUUUGAUGCCCUGGCCUCCCGCUUGGAAGUCCUCUUGCAUGAUGCAAAAGAGCUGAAGCAGUCGUCCAACAAGAUUCCUUCCUGGUUUUGGGGAUGGAAAUCUCCUUGGAAAGGAAAGCUUAUAGGUGGUGAGUUGAUCUGCGAAGGUGAAGAUGACCUAUACCAUCUUGGAAUUAGAAUCAGAGAUAUGUUUCCGGAAUUGUUUGAUGAGGACUACCGCCCUGACAUAUAUCCGAUAAAAGCAACACAGGUUCCUCGGGCAUCAGCUAGUGCGGUGGCAUUUGGCAUGGGUCUCUUCAGUGGAAAAGGGAAUCUUGGCCCAGGACGUCAUCGUGCAUUUGCUGUGAUAAGUGAAAGCCGUGCUAGUGACACAGUGCUAAGAUUUCAUGAUUGUUGUCAAAAUUAUAAGAGUUUUAGAAGAAGUCAGGAACCUGCUGUUGAUAAAUUGAAGGAGCCUGUCUUAGAUGAAAUUUCUACUGCACUGGUUCAGCGUUAUGGGUUAAACUUCACAAGAAAGGAUACAUCUUCUUUGUGGUUGCUAUGCAAACAGGAAGCAUCCUUACUGGAGAUAUAUGACCAAGCCUGUGGUCUGUUCAGUCCAUCUGAGGUUGCUUUAUUGGAGUGGACAGAUGAUGUGGAGAUAUUCAUACUGAAAGGCUAUGGUAAUUCUUUAAACUACCGAAUGGGAGUGCCAUUGCUUCAAGAUGUUAUUGAGUCCAUGGAGCAAGCAAUUAAAGCUAAAGAAGAGGGAUAUGUCCCAGGGAGUUAUGAGAAGGCAAGAUUGCGUUUUGCUCAUGCAGAAACGUUGCUUCCAUUUUCUUGUUUACUUGGACUCUUUCUUGAAGGAUCAGAAUUUGACCGAAUACAAAGGGAAGAACCUUUACAACUACCUCCUAAGCCACCACAAAAGAGGAACUGGAAAGGUAGCAUUGUGGCACCUUUUGCUGGAAACAACGUAUUAGUCCUCUACAGCUGCCCUGACAACAAUUCAAGCAAGUAUUUUGUACAUGUACAACAUAAUGAACAUCCAGUUCCAAUGCCGGGUUGCAAGAACUCUGAUUUAUGUCCAUUUGACGUGUUUAAGCAACAAAUAGCUGCACCUCAUUUGAAGCACGACUACGAUGCACUUUGCAAUGUAAAUGUAGAACAAUCAGAAAACAGACAUGCGAGCAGCAGGAUAUCAAAAUUGUUAAGUUGGCUUUUCAAUUGCAAGAAUGUAGAUGCGCAGGCACACCAUUUUGAGCUAUAACUUGUUUGAGACAAUGAGCAACUCUUUACCAUUUUAUGUUCACUAGAAUUAGCUUUCUGUUAGCUUAGUGUCGCUACCAUCCGAUAAAGUGCAGCUCGGAUCCUAUCUGUGACUUUCACGGAUGCAGUUCUGGAGAUUGGCUGCUUUCUAGUAUUCAUGUCUAAUUCUAGUUGUGGCAGCUGAGAGGAAACUGUGCGGCUGACUUUUUUGGGCUGAGUCUUAAUGCCACAGCUGGUAGCCUCUUAUUUUUCUUGUUUUGUUUUGGAGCUGUUGUAAUAACACGAGGAUCAAGGGGUUUUUCUUUCCCUUGCCGUUUGACUUGUCACUCUGUUCAGAGUUUUGACAGUAUCUGAUCUUUUUUUUUUGACAGUAUCUGAUCAUUCGAUUGCUUGA